CUUGUCGAUCAGCAGGGUACCACUACCAUCACCACCACGCAACCGAACGAACGAGCAAGGGAAAGCUACAAUCCAUCAAACGAUAUGAUUCCUUCGACGCGCCACACACUGUAACGUGCUGCGAAUGUUAAAGAAAUGGUCGAAGGCGAAGGGCGAUUGAUAAGGUCCUCCCUCGUCCUCAUCCAAUCAGUUAUUGGCCAACAGUAGAUAAGAUGUACGUGCAGUGUAGAGAAUCGGAUCGGACAGCAGAGCAGCAACAGUGCCUCCCGUUGUUCAGAUAAUUAUUGGCAGAUCUGGGGCUGUGUACGCCCAUUACUAUCGUUUUCUGGGUUUUGCCGAGUGGUUCGAUGCAGGUCGGAUUUAGUCUAGUGCAACGGCUGGAGUAGGAUGGGCCGCGGAAGAUCGAAAUGUAAAACAUCGCGACCGCAGGAUUAUUUCGUCAGCUGUGCCUCGAUCGAUCGCUUGUUUGUGCCCGACGAUGAUCAGCCCAACGGGAAUCACCGGGAUUUGUCGGGUGAUAGGGCCCGAGUGCCCCGUGAUUACGAUGCCCGACGAAUCGUGGUCGUGGUGUGGCAGGUGAUGGAGAAGAAACUGAUCAACUGUGGGCGGUUGCUUCGCGGUGUACGAGUGUUUGGCAAACGGUCGACCCCCAAAAGCUCGGAAGCGGAAAGGAUCGUUCGCCGUGAGGAGCGUCAAAAGUUUAAGCAGCUGAUAACGGAAGAGGAAAGAAGCUGGCUGGAUGCCUGUGCCGCAGGGAAUUCCCAACUGUCCACCUGGCUUGGAAUACCUGACAUCCAUUGAUCAACUGCUGGUGCACCAGAAGGUGGAGCUGCUGGAGGCGUUUACCGGUUUCGAGACGGCCAACAAGUACACCGUCAUGAAUACGCUCGGCCAGAAGGUGUACUGGGCGCUGGAGGAUACGGGCUGCUGCAACAGGAUGUGCUGCGGUACCGCCCGGGCGUUUGAUAUUAAGAUCCUGGAUAACUUCCAGAACGAGGUGCUGCACUUUAGCCGUGGUCUACGGUGCAAGUCCUGUUGUUUUCCGUGCUGUUUGCAGAAGCUGGAGGUAUCCGCGCCGCCCGGCAACGUCAUCGGCACGGUUGAGCAGCAGUGGACACUGUUCUGCCCGGGAUUCAACAUCAAGGAUCGGGAUGGCAAGACCGUGCUCGUUAUCAAGGGCCCUUGCUGCCAGUGCACGCUGUGCGGUGACGUGAAAUUUAGAAUUCUGGCCACCGAUGGUACGGAAGUCGGCAAGGUAACGAAGCAGUGGACUGGGAUGGCUCAGGAGUAUUUCACGGAUGCCGACAAUUUCGGCAUCAGCUUCCCGAUGAAUCUUGACGUCAGGGUGAAGGCUACCCUACUCGGUGCUUUGUUUUUAAUUGAUUAUAUGUUCUUCGAAUCAUCUGGAAAGAGCAAGCGUUAAUGCGACGGCAAUUGAUAAGCAUUCGUUGCUUACAGUUCGAAGUGCCAAGCGGUCCACUAUCACCAUGAUAACCACAUGACACCCGUGUCACGAUACAAGUCUUCUAUAUUUUUUUUUCCUCGUAAAUACUAUACGCACAUUGUAUGUAAGCUUUAGAUGGGAGAGCAUGAGAGGGAGAACACAUUACACCUAGCGAACCGUCCGAGGAGUCGAUCGUCAAACGACGAGCCGAGCUCAUGGCUAUUGCAUUUACGUCUCAGGAACAAACGUUUGGUGGAACCGACGGUUAUACUUGAUAUGCAUUUGAAACAAUCCUCAGGGUCUGUGGUAGGUCAUCAUAGGGCCAGCAGCUCUCAUUGCCAAGUAUGGAGGCGGAAAUAACGUUAUCUCUAACGCUUUAUAAUAAUAGCCGAUGCGCUAGAGUGUCGCACUAUAUACAGUUAUCACCGUGAAGUGCCAACUGACCACGCGCGCAUCCGCGCUUCCCAAAAUGAUAUUUUAGCGCCUAAACAAAACGCGAUGCUCCCAGCUGUAUCUCUCAAGAUUGAGUGUAUUGUGUAAAUUCGACGAUGCUUGUCUAUUUGUUCCUGUUUCUGGUGAACGCCAUAAUCAAAAUUUGUGCUACAUUUGAUGUACCCUUUUAUCGGAAAUGCUUAAUAAAAUAUUAUAC